AUGGAGACCAUUGACUGAGAAACCUGAGCUGUCACUUAGCGGAACCAAAUAAUCGUCCUUCCUCAAGUCCAGCCGGACGAAUUUAUCAGACGUACCGAAGCGCUUCCUGCGCUCAGUGGAAAUAACACCUGAAAAACUAAACCGUGCCGCAAAUAAACCUUCCAGAACACAAGGAAUGAUGUCGCUGCGAGCUUGUGGGUUUAUAGUUUUCCGUCGCCUUGUCGGCUGCAACCCCCCACCAGGCAACAUCGAGUAUCUCCUCUUGCAGACGUCCUAUGGGGAGCACCACUGGACCCCACCCAAAGGUCACGUUGAUCCGGGUGAAGACCACCUGACCACAGCUUUAAGAGAGACCAAGGAAGAGGCAGGGUUGGGGCCGGAGCAGCUGCAGAUUAUAGACGGCUUUGUGCAGGAGCUGCGCUACGAGGUCCGUGGCAGACCCAAAGAGGUGCUGUACUGGCUGGCCGAGUUAAAAAACCCAGAGACGGCUGUGACUCUGUCCAACGAGCACCAGGACUACCGCUGGGCUCAGCUGGAGGAGGCCUGUAAGCUUAGCGGCUACAAAGAUCUGCAGGAGACGCUAAGAGCAGCUCACAGACACUUGGAAGCUCAGCAGCACUGAAACCAGUAACCUUUAUAAUUGCUGUUCUUUACAGAUAUGUUUUAAGUCAUCCCCAUUCUGGGUUUUUUGGGUAUGAUUGGCCUGUAAAUGUUGCACUACAUCAUCUCAAUCAGGUUCAAUCCUACAAUGUAACUAGGCCACCCUUUGUUAAACCACCUGGCUCUGAAUUUGCAUAUGUGCUUCAGAUCACUGUCGCAAUGCUUCAGAUGUUCGUUUUAGAGUCAUUUUCUUCUGUGAAUGUCCACCACUGUCUGUGAAUUCUCCAUGUGUGGUCGUUCCUCUCACUGUUUGGUUCAAUUAAGUCCUCAAGCUCCAUUUAUAACUCUCUUCAUUUUGACUUUUGUUAAUGACUGUGCUACCUACAUGAUGUUUUUUUUAGAUAGUCCGGUUAGUUUAAAUAACUUUUUCCCCUCCUAAUAUAUUAAAUCAUUAGAUUUUUUUUUCUCUUAUUUUAAUCCUUUAAUGAUUUGAAAUAUUAAACUGUGACAAAAGGAAAUCUGUAAUGGGAAAACAAUACAAAUCUGGGUAACUUUGAAA